UCUUAUCAAACUCAUGUAGAGGAAGGAAGGAUAGUUGUUGUGUGUAAGAAAGACAAGAGAGAUUAGCAAUGAAAAUGUCAAGUAAAAUAGAUAUGCAUGUAAAAAACAGUGAGAGAGUGUUCCGGAUUGUCUGGUAAAAAAAUAAUUAAAUUAUUCAGUGAAGCUUGAGAAAGAGAAGGUACGUGCUGAGGGGAGGAGCAGUGGCGCUAGCAAGGGAGACACACUGAUUCAGACAGCACACACACUGCGACAUAAUAUCAUAUCAUCCCCAACCCAUAUCUUCCAUUCCAUUACUUAAUAAAUAAAUCUCAUUCCUACUUAGUACGUAGCUUCAAUUCCACCAAACUACCUCCUUCUUCCUUAAUUAAGAAUCUGCUAGUUUUCAUUUAGAUGAUAAGAAGCAUGGCAAGCUCUGUCUCCUCACGAGGCAAUAUUGCUGCUAUAGUCGGUGUUGGGCCCAAGCUGGGUCGAUCCAUCGCCCGCAAGUUUGCUCACGAAGGCUACACCAUAGCCAUUCUCGCUCGAGACCUAGGGAGAUUGUCUGGAGUGGCGGAAGAGAUAGCGAGGGAGGAGAAAGCACAGGUGUUUGCAAUACGUAUCGACUGCUCCGACUCCAAAAGCGUCAGGGAUGCAUUCGAAGGAGUGCUCUCGCUCGGAUUCGUGGAGGUUCUUGUUUACAACGCUAAUCACCAACCCCAAUCCCUCUCUCCAAACCCCACUUCCUUCCAAAACAUACCUCUCGACACUUUCCAAAAAUCCCUAGCUGUUUCCGCCGUCGCUGCCUUCCACUGCGCUCAACAGGUGUUGACGGGGAUGGUGGAAAAAGGGAAGGGCACAAUCCUUUUCACGGGCUGUUCAGCGUCACUAUAUGGCAUUGCCGGAUACUCCCAACUAUGCUGUGGGAAAUUCGCGUUGAGAGCACUAGCGCAAUGCCUUGCGAAGGAAUUUCAACCUCAGGGAGUGCACAUAGCACAUGUAAUCAUUGACGGUGUUGUUGCCCCACCCAGGAGGAGAAGAUCAUCAUCAUCAAGUUCAGUUAGGGAUGAAAGCAUAAGCAGCGGAGAGGAUCAUGAGGGCACAAUGGACCCAGACGCAGUGGCUCAAACAUAUUGGCACUUGCACGUUCAGGACCGAACCACUUGGACCCAGGAGAUCGACCUGCGUUCCAACAAUGCUACAUUCUUUUAGCUCACCUUUCCCAUUUUCAAUAUUUUAUUUCUCUACUUGAUGUCUAUCAUAUCAUUAAUUUCUUCUCUCAUGUAAAAUAUAUAUAUAUAUAUAUAUAUAUAUAUAUAUAUAUAUAUUGGUCAAGAUUCACGAGUGAUUUUCCUUUUAUAUGUUUUAAAAAACCAUGCAUUUUGCUUUUAGCAGUGUACUAAACUUUGAUUAUACUGAUCAUCAGGUAAUCAGUCAUCUUUGUUGUUA